AGGGGCGGGGCGAGUGUAGCCACGUUCCUGUUACAGUACGAUGCGUUGAAACUACCUACUUUAUCCGAAGCAGAAACUUAAAAUCAGGACGCGUCACCCCUUGUGGGCCCCUGAGAAAUACAAAACAGAAAGUUUGGGGAAGUUCAAAGGCGCUGGGGUUCAGUGGCGAUUUUUGGUUUCCUGCCCCGCCCUCCUGCACAAGCGCUCGUGCUGCCAGUGGGGGUGGGUCGGAACCUAUGCGCUGCGGAACUGUCGGCUCUAAGCUCCAACUUGCACCACGUGCGUUUUGCGGCGCGGUUUCCGGACCGCUCUUUUCCUUUGCAUGCGGCGCUGUGUCGCGAGUUGGUGACAGCCAUGGCCCCUCGGGUGUGGCGUCGACAGACUCUGAAGCGGUGUUUGAGGGAGGUCAGUAAAGCCACCGGCCGGCCCGAGUGCUUCCUCACGAUUCAGGAUGAUUUGGCAUCAAACUUCACUUCUUUAACAAAAGUACUUUAUGACUUUAAUAAAAUACUGGAGAAUGGUAGGAUUCAUGGGAGUCCUCUACAAAAACUUGUGAUAGACAAUUUUGAUGAUGAGCAGAUUUGGCAACAACUGGAAUUGCAAAAUGAACCAAUUUUACGAUACUUCCAGAAUGCAGUUAGUGAAACAAUUAAGGCUGAAGACAUCAGUCUUUUUCCAGAGAGUGAAGAACAGGAAUGUGAAGAGGAUGAUUCAGAGAUGGAGGCAAGUGACCAGGAGGACCUAGAACAAGAUUUGGAGAAGAAAGAAGUGUCAGAUAUAGAUGAUGAUGAUUCUAAAGGAGAUGAGAGAGCUAAAAACUCAAGCAAAUUUGAUCUGAGAAAAAGCCCAGUUUUCAGUGAUGACGAUUCUGACCUUGACUUUGAUAUCAGCAAAUUGGAGCAGCAGACCAAGGUGCAAACUAAAGUACUUGGGAAACCAAGAGAAAAGUCUAUAGUAGAUGAUCAGUUCUUCAAACUAUCUGAAAUGGAAGCCUUUUUAGAAAACAUAGAAAAAGAAGAGGAACGAAAAGAUGAUGAUGAAGAAGAUAUUGAUUUGUUUGAAGAUGUUGAUUCUGAUUCUGAUGAAGGAGAACUAUUUGGAAGUAAAAAACUUAAGUCAGGUAAAAGUUCCAGAAACUUGAAAUACAAAGAUUUCUUUGAUCCUAUUGAAAGUGAUGAAGACAUAGCAAGUGUUCGUGGUGAUGAGCUGGGUUCAAACAAAGAAGAGGAUAAGAUUGCUGAAGAAGAAGCUGAAGAACUAAGCAUUUCUGAAACGAAUGAAGAUAGUGACCUUGAAGAAAGUGAAGACAGUAAACAACAUAAAGAAAGCUUGAAAAGAGUGACCUUUGCUUUACUGGAUGAUGAGGAAGAAACAGAUGUUGUAGAUGUAAACAAAAAUUCUGAUGCGGUUAAAUCCUCUUUUGAAAAAAGACAGGAAAAGAUGAGUGAAAAAAUUGCAUCUUUAGAAAAAGAAUUGUUGGAAAAAAAGCCUUGGCAGCUUCAAGGGGAAGUGACAGCGCAGAAGCGACCAGAGAACAGCCUCUUAGAGGAGACCCUGCACUUUGACCAUGCUGUCCGGAUGGCACCUGUGAUUACAGAGGAAACCACCCUUCAACUAGAAGAUAUCAUUAAACAGAGGAUAAGAGAUCAGGCUUGGGAUGACGUAGUACGUAAAGAAAAACCAAAAGAGGAUGCAUAUGAAUAUAAAAAGCGUUUAACAUUAGACCAUGAGAAGAGUAAAUUAAGCCUUGCUGAAAUUUAUGAACAGGAAUACAUCAAACUCAACCAGCAAAAAACAGUGGAAGAAGAAAAUCCAGAGCAUGUAGAAAUUCAAAAGUUGAUGGACUCUCUCUUCUUGAAACUGGAUGCCCUCUCAAACUUCCACUUCAUCCCUAAGCCGCCCGUACCAGAGAUUAAAGUCGUGUCAAACUUGCCAGCCAUAACCGUGGAGGAAGUCGCCCCUGUAAGUGUUAGUGAUGCAGCUCUCUUGGCUCCAGAGGAAAUCAAGGAGAAAAAUAAAGCUGGAGAUAUAAAAACAGCUGCUGAGAAAACAGCUACAGACAAGAAACGAGAACGGAGGAAAAAGAAAUAUCAAAAGCAUUUGAGAAUAAAGGAGAAGGAGAAGCGGAGAAAACUGCUUGAAAAGAGCAACCCAGAUCAAGCAGGGAAGUACACCAAAGCAGCAGCUUCCGAGAAGUUAAAACAGCUGACCCAAACUGGCAGAGCUGCCCUACUAAAGGAUGAAGGUAAAGACAAAGCCUUAAAGUCAUCUCAAGCAUUCUUUUCUAAAUUACAAGAUCAAGUAAAAAUGCAAAUCGGUGAUGCAAAAAAAACGGAAAAGAAAAAGAAGACAAGACAGAAUAUUUCUGUUCAAAAGUUAAAGCUGUAAUAUAUUUUGAAUAUAAUGUAAAUAAUAAUGUGUAACCUUAUAUUUUAUCAUUGUUCAGUUUUAUAAUAAAAUUCUUGAGACCUUU